CUGUAGUAGCAGAUAUGGAAUUCAACGAUUCCAGCGACGAGAAAGACGUGAAACCUAUAAUAAACGAUUCAUUGGGUGCUGUCGGAUUUCCUGAGUUGAACAGCACUGCGAAGAAGUGGUCCCCAGGUUCGUGGCAAGAUGCUACCCGCAAGAGUGCAUUUCAACCCUACAAGCAGAAGCAGGCAACUGUACUCACAAACCUACAGAGGGGCAACACUCAGGCAGCCACCCCUAUCCCACAGCCAACUGACAUCAAUUUCCACACCAGAGCUGGCCAGGGUGAAAUCACAGAGCUGGACAUCAAACAGGAGUUGUGUGUUGACACUUGCGAUGAGAAUGGUCUGACUGCACUGCAUUGGGCUUCCAAUUAUGGACAAAUCAAUGCUGUGAAAUUGUUAAUCGAGCAUAAGGCUGAUGUCAACAGAGUUGGCACAGAGGGUGAAGCUCCUCUCCUUCUUGCAGCAAACGGUGGACACCAUGAAGUAGUCAAACACUUGUUGACCAAAGGAGCCAAUGUCAAUCAUGUUGAUGAUGUGGGAAAUUCAGCGUUAAUGUACGCCGCCAGUGGAAACCAUCCACAUUCUUGCAAUGAACUUCUCAUACAUGGAGCAAAUCUCAAUAUAGUUAACCAUUCUAAUGAGACAGCAUUUAGUCUGUCUGUAGAUUAUGGUAGUAAAUUAGCUCAAGCUGUAAUGGAGAACUUCAUAUUAGAUUUAUUAAAAUAAAUCGAAUUUCGGCUAAUCGAUUCUAAAAGAUUGAAAACUUAUGGAAACGAAGCAAAGUUGCAAUAUAGUACAAAUUGUAAACUGAAGAAGAACAGACGCAAAGAACACUAAUUUAUUCGAAUCAGAAUAGAUUGUUGUUAAAUAUUUUUAUAAUAAUUUUGAUU